AUGACUUCCAACGGAGUCGAAAUCGCCAUAACAAUUCCAUCUUCAGAAGUAGCAGUGCACCACCGAGUUUGCAUGCCGCCGGAGAAAACCAAUCUACAGAAACUGCGGCACUGGCUUUCCGAGAUAUUUUUCCCCGACGACCCGCUUCAUAAGUUCAAGAACCAAACUUGGAUCAACAAGUUCGUAAUCGGGUUGCAAUAUGUGUUUCCCAUCUUCCAGUGGGGGCCGAAUUAUAGCUUUGCCCUUUUGCGGUCUGAUUUCAUCUCCGGGCUAACCAUAGCCAGCCUCGCAAUCCCUCAGGGAAUCAGUUACGCCAAACUCGCAAACCUGCCUCCAAUAACCGGUCUUUAUUCGAGUUUCGUCCCGCCGUUGGUGUAUUCUGUUCUUGGGAGUUCAAAACAUCUUGGAGUUGGUCCGGCUUCCAUUGCUUCUUUGGUGAUGGGUACAAUGCUCAGCGAGGAGGUUUCUUUUGCCAAUGAACCGAAGCUUUAUCUUCAACUGGCUUUCACCGCCACUUUCUUCGCCGGAGUAUUUCAAGCAUCUUUGGGGGUGUUCAGGUUAGGGUUUAUAAUCGAUUUCCUAUCAAAAGCGACGUUAGUCGGAUUCAUGGCUGGUGCGGCUGUUAUAGUAUCUUUGCAACAACUAAAAGCGCUACUUGGAAUAGUUCACUUCACAAGCAAGAUGCAAAUUGUUCCUGUAUUAACGUCUAUCUUCAAGCAUAUAGAUGAAUGGUCUUGGCAAACUAUUGUAAUGGGCGUUUGCUUUCUUGGCCUAUUGCUCUUCACAAGACACAUAAGCAUUAGAAACCCCAGGCUCUUCUGGAUUUCGGCAGCCUGUCCAUUAGCUUCUGUUGUUCUGUCAACUCUUUUGGUGUUUUUGCUCAAAUCAAAGCUUGGUGGAGGGAUUAGAACAAUUGGACAGUUGCCUAAGGGGUUGAAUCCACCAUCAUCAAAGAUGUUAUUUUUCAACGGCCCUUUUCUUGCUGUUGCCAUUAAGACUGGGAUUGUCACAGGAAUCUUGUCUCUAACCGAAGGAAUCGCGGUCGGCCGGACUUUUGCCGCCUUGCAGAACUACCAAGUUGAUGGAAACAAGGAAAUGAUGGCCAUUGGUUUUAUGAAUAUGGCUGGUUCUUGUUGUUCCUGUUAUGUUACCACAGGCUCGUUCUCUCGGUCCGCGGUCAAUUACAACGCCGGAGCGAAAACCCUAGCCUCGAAUGUAGUAAUGGCGGCAACAGUCCUCAUAACUUUGUUGUUUCUCAUGCCAUUGUUCCAGUACACUCCAAAUGUCAUCCUGGCAGCAAUCAUCGUCACAGCCGUGAUCGGCCUAAUCGAUUUUCAGGCAGCCAUUCGACUCUGGAUAGUCGACAAACUCGAUUUCGCGGCCUGCUUGGCCUCCUUCCUCGGCGUUCUCUUCAUCUCAGUACCCGUCGGCCUUGCCAUCGCGGUUGGAGUUUCGGUGUUCAAAAUUUUAUUACAUGUUACAAGACCAAAAACACUUGUGUUGGGAAACAUUUCCGGGACUCAAAUUUAUCAUGACAUUACGAGAUACAAAGAAGCUUUUAGGGUUCCUUCCUUCCUUAUACUAGCUGUUGAAGCUCCUUUCUACUUUGCAAAUGCCACUUACCUACAAGAAAGGAUCUUGAGAUGGGUUCAAGAGGAGGAAGAAAGAAUUCAGGAAGUAAAUGGUGCCAAUCUGAAAUGUAUAAUUCUCGACAUGACAGCCGUAACGGCCAUCGACACAAGUGGCAUUGAUAUGGUUUGUGAACUCAGAAAAGCUCUGGAGAAACGAUCACUGAAACUUGUGCUCAUAAAUCCUGUCAGCAGCGUCAUGGAGAAGCUGCAACAUUCGAAGAUCUUGGAGGGUUUUGGAUUGGAGGGAUUAUAUCUUACUGUUGGCGAAGCCGUCGCGGAGAUUUCAUCUUCAUGGAAACCGAAACCAUGA